AUGAUUGAUCUAACUAUGCAAGUAAUUAAACCACUAGUGGAAAAAGCUCAAGAUUUAAAUCAAAAUUUAUGCAAAACUUUCGUAAUCAGAUUAAAUGCUAUUGAACAAGCACUAAGAGAAUCCUAUGUGAUUGAUAAAAGUCCAUCAUUGUUGUACGAAGAAAGUAGUGUCAAUGCGGAUGAAGGAGAAGAAAAAGACGAAAAAAUGAACGAAGAUAAUGGGCAGCUUACAUGA